GAAAAUAUUGCCAACCUUGACCGAUGUGGAGACCAAGCCACAACCUCUACGCUGCAUAUAACUAGACGCCAAAUCCAUGGCAGUUCUUCCAUAUAGCUACAUCAGUGUCUCCAAAACUCUCCGUGGUUAGGGAGAAGAGCGGUGCUAGCGCGAUGCCUGGCCGCGGUCUGCUGAGUGCCGGAGGAGCUGCAGGAGCGAGGAAGAACAAGAUGGUCAAGAUCGCUGUGACCGCGCUGGCCGUGGUGCUGCUGCUCACGGCGGCGGCUGUCUCCACGGCGACCGACGGCCGUGCUCGGCUCCGCGCCUUCCUCAUGAUGGUCUGCGUGGUCUCCCAGAUCAACCUGGGCCGUCUUCUGGCGAGGGAGGCCGCUCUGGCGCGGACGCCGGCGGCCCGGCGGUGCUACGCGGUGAGCGCCGUGGCGUGCUUCGUGGAGCUCGCGCUCAAGCUGUACAUGAUCCUGGUGCUGUGCCCGGCGGGGGUGGAGGAUGGUAUUCACUGUUUAGGUACGCCGCGCGCUGGUGGAUGUGGCUGCCGAAGGGUCGAAGGUUGAUCAUUUUGAAGUCUGGAGAUGCGCCGUUCUGUUUAGUUCCUCUUCUGCUAAGUUAGAAGUUUGGAAGGGCCUGUGAUGUGGUGUCUAGUCUCGUCUUACCAUUAUUCUGUUGUUGUCUUGUUGCAUUGGGAUGCAGUAUGAAGUUAGAAGGGAUUUGAACUUGUUUAGCUGAAGCCUUCAAGGUUGGAAACUUGGAAUGUAGUACUAUGCAGUAAUUUGCAACCAAAAUUUCAUGGUUAA